AUGGCCUCAAAGCAACUCAAGACCUUCUCCAGAGACGAAGUCGCGAAGCACAAUACCCCCGACGAUUUGUGGAUUAUCAUCGAUGGGAAAGUCUACGAUGUAACAAGAUUCAAGAACCUCCACCCAGGUGGUGUAUCUGUAUUUAUGGAGGAAGACAUUGCUGGGCAGGAUGCCACAGAAGCCUUCUACGGGCUUCACAGGCAUGAGGUGAUCGCAAGGCCUCAGUACGCCCGCCUCCAGAUUGGCACGAUUGAAGGAGAGACUAGCGUUAUCCACGGGCGCAUUACGGGCGAACUCAGCGCGGUGCCAUAUGCUGAACCAAACUGGUUGUCCAAGGGAUACCACAGCCCAUACUACACUGAGAAUCACAGGCGUUUCCAGAAAGCACUUCGACAAUUCUUUGAUGAAGUCGUCGCGCCGGAUGCCUACGCCAGGGAACAAGAUGGAAAGCCUCCUAGUGCCAGUGUCAUUGAGGCAUCGUGCAAGUUGAACCUUCUCGCCAUGCGUAUGGGACCAGGAAAGCAUCUCAAGGGCAAAGAGUUGAUGGGCGGGCUAGUCAAGCCUGAAGAGUUUGACUACUUCCACGAGUUGAUUGUCACCCAGGAGUUCGUGCGAACGGGCCAACGAGGUUACGGAGACGGCUUCCUGAGUGGCUCCGUUAUCGGGCUUCCCCCCGUCCUUAAUUUCGGCUCUCCCGAAAUUCAGGCGAAGGUUGUACCAGACGUCUUUUCAGGCAAGAAGCUCAUCUGUUUGGCCAUCUCUGAGGCAUUCGCCGGUAGCGAUGUAGCAGGAUUGCGCACUACAGCUACUAAGACCGAGGAUGGCAAGCACUGGAUCAUCAACGUAUGCAGCUUCACUGUGGGAUGUCGAACAGAGGAUGGAUUCACUGUGAUCCUUGUAGAACGUCAAGAGGGCGUCGAAACAAAGCCAAUCAAGACCAGCUACUCUCCCGCGGCUGGAACUGCUUUCAUCACCUUCGAGAAUGUCAAGGUGCCAGUCGAAAACACUCUCGGACCAGUUGGUGGAGGCCUAUUUGUCAUGCUUAGCAACUUCAACCACGAGCGAUGGGUGAUGUGCUGCUCCGCCGCGAGAUCUCAGCGUCUUAUCGUGGAAGAAUGUCUCCAAUGGACGAACCAACGGAAAGCAUUCGGAAAGCCCUUGAACUCCCAAGCUGUGAUCAGGAGCAAGCUCGCAGCCAUGAUUGCUCGGGUGGAGAGCGUCCAAAAUUGGCUUGAGAACAUCACGCACCAGAUGAACAACAUGGCUUACAAAGAACAAGCUGCUAAGCUUGCUGGUCCAAUUGCGUUGCUCAAGAUGUAUGCCACGAGGUCGGCCCAGGAGACUGCUACCGAUGCUGUUCAAAUCUUUGGUGGUCGUGGUAUCACCAAGACCGGUAUGGGUGCCAUGAUUGAACAUUAUCAUCGUACCGUUCCCUUCGAUGCUAUCUUAGGUGGUGCUGAAGAUGUUCUCGGUGACCUCGGAGUCCGACAGGCAAUCCGCGCCAUACCUAAAGAUGUUCGUCUAUAA